AUGCGCUAUGACUUGGAAUCGCAGAUAUCUGCUGCCAAAACUACGUCACCUUUACCACAGGAAACUUUACAGGAUCUGGCAGUAUCACUUGCGAAAGCAGCAAAAGCCCUGGCUGAUGCUACUGGAUCGUUACCUUCGUAUGACCAAAAACAGUAUGAAACGCAAUUGAAAGCUUUAGAGAAAUCUGUUGAAGAGUUACGUAUAUCAAAUGCUCCCAAGUCAAAGUUUGCGUUCAAGCGAAAACCUAAGGCUGCUGAUUCUGCUCCUGCUCCUCCACUCUCUCCCGCCCCCGUUACCACUCCAGUCGAUCCCAAACAAUCUGUGACCGUGCUACCAACUCCUACGCAUCUUGUACUGUCCUCAAAAUCUCAUCAAUAUAUCACAAGAGCAAGUCUUCCAGAGCAUCCUCAACAAACUGAUUUGGCCCUCUCAGACCUUGAUAACUGUGUCGUUAAUCUGCUUCCUCCUAUCCCAUCUAUCAGCGACGGGCGAACAGAAAGCCUCAUUCUAACCGCCUUGCAUGCAAGGAAUCUCACGAACUGCAUCAUACUUCUGCCAUCAAUUGAAGGUAGCGCGUUACUUCAUGACAUGUCUAACUGUAUUCUUGUCCUAGGAUCUCAUCAGUUCCGAAUGCACUCUUCCAAGAAGAUCGACAUUUUUCUUGCCAUUUCAUCCAACCCAAUUAUUGAGCAUUGUAAUGCAAUUCGAUUUUCACGAUAUCCGAGCACCCUCAUGCCUGCGCUCCUGGGGAAGAAGGAAUCUCCUCCGUUUACUGUCCAAGACUUCUCCCAUAUAAGACCAACACCCUCUCCAAACUUUUCCACCAUGGACGAUAGCACUAAACAAGCUAUAGAAGACGGCAUUGCCUCUGCUCACAACGACACCACUUUUGUAGAGAAACUGAACACGGUUUUACCACAGUAA